AUGGUAGACCCGGUGGGCUUCGCCGAGGCGUGGCGCGCCCAGUUCAACGACGCGGAGCCGCCCGCGAUGGCGCUGCGCUCGGUGGGCGACAUCGAGGCGGAGCUGGAGCGCUGCAAGGCGUCGAUCCGCCGCCUGGAGCUGGAGGUGAACAAGGAGCGCUUCCGCAUGAUCUACCUGCAGACGCUGCUGGCCAAGGAGCGCAAGAGCUACGACCGGCAGCGUUGGGGCUUCCAGCGCGGCCCCGAGGCCGACGACGACAGGCCCGCCCGCCCGCGCCCGCCCGCCCUACGCAAGCUCUCCGCGCACAGCGACGGCAGCUCCGAGGCGGACGCCGCGCAGCCCGGCCAGGAGGAGCGCGCUAAGCCCGCCGCCGCCGCCGCCUCGGACGAGAAGCCCCGGGAGGAGGGUGCCGCGGCGGGCUCCCCGGGCAGGGCGCGCCCGCCCCCCAGCGGCAGUCGCCGCCGCUUCCCCGCCGCCGCCUCGGUCGAGCGAGACGGGGCCGCCUUGGAGGCGGGCGGCAGGGAGCGCGGGCCGGGGGGCGGCGGCGGCGCGGGGCUGCUGCGUUCCGGGCUGGAGCGCGGGCGGAAGGCGCCCUCGUCGCCGCCGCCCUCGCGGCCGCCGGACGGCCGGGAGGCGGCCGAGAAGCCCUUCUACGUGAACCUGGAGUACCACCGGGAGCGCGGCCUGGUGCGCGUCAACGACCGCGACGUCUCGGAGCGCCUGAGCGCGCUGGGCAGCCAGGCCAUGCAGCUGGAGGCCCGCAAGAAGCUGCCGGGGCCCCCGCGGGGCCGCUCGGCCGACGCAGCCUACGACGACGGGGCCGAGUACGAGGACGCGGAGCUCAACGCGCGCUUCCUGAAGGACAACCUGCUGCUGGACGGCGCCGGGCGGCCCGCCUGGACGGUCGCCUCGCCCGCCGCCUUCCAGCCCUACCAGAGCCUCUUCGCGGGCGGCCCGGCGGGGGUGGCUGAGCAGCCGCUCACCUGGCCGCGCGGCUCCUACUCGCCGCGCGGCUUCGAGGACCCGGGCAGCGGCGGCGGCGGCGGCUACACGCCGGACUGCAGCUCCAACGAGAACCUGACGUCCAGCGAGGAGGACUUCUCGUCGGGCCAGUCGAGCCACGUGUCGCCCAGCCCCACCGCCUGCCGCCUCUCCCGCGAGAAGAGCCGCUCGCCCUCGCAGCACUCGCAGCAGUCCUUCGACAGCAGCGGCAGCCCCCCGACCCCACAGGCCCCCAAGCGCCACCGGCACCACCCGCAGGCCGCCGGCCCCGAGCCCGCCGGCGCGGCGCCCAGGAAGAGCGCGCCGCCCUGGCCCUGCGACGGAGAGCCGCCCGCCGGGAGGGCCGCCGCCGACGGCUGUUUCCAUGGCGACGCAGAUCUCUCCUUUGGGGGCCUCCCACCAGGCUACGCCUACGAUGUGGACAGAGCCGAAGAGCAGAGGCACCACCAUGACAUGAUGCCCUUCAUCGACGACUCCCCCUCCUCUUCACCCCAUCUCAGCUCCAAGAGCCGAGGCAGCCGAGAUGGCUUCUCCUUGGGGUCCCUGGAGUCUUCAAAAUCAAGCGAGCCAGACCUGGAAAAGGGUCUGGAGAUGAGGAAGUGGGUCCUGUCGGGCAUCCUGGCCAGUGAGGAAACCUACUUGGGUCACCUGGAGGCUCUCCUGCUGCCCAUGAAGCCUCUGAAGGCGGCUGCCACCACCUCCCAGCCGGUCCUGACGAGCCAGCAGAUCGAGACCAUCUUCUUCAAAGUGCCUGAGCUCUACGAGAUCCACAAGGACUUCUAUGAUGGGCUUUCCCCCCGCGUUCACCAGUGGAGCCACCAGCAGCGGGUGGGCGACCUUUUCCAGAAACUGGCCAGCCAGCUGGGAGUGUACCGGGCCUUUGUGGAUAAUUACGAGGUUGCCAUGGAGACGGCCGAGAAGUGUUGCCAAGCCAACGCGCAGUUUGCAGAAAUCUCGGAGAACCUCAGAGCUAGAAGCUCCAAGGAUGCAAGAGACCAGACAACAAAGAACUCCCUGGAAACUCUCCUCUACAAGCCGGUGGAUCGGGUCACACGCAGUACACUUGUGCUCCACGAUUUGCUGAAGCACACCCCCUCAAGUCACCCCGACUACCUGCUUCUGCAGGACGCCCUGCGCAUCUCCCAGAACUUCCUGUCCAGCAUCAACGAGGAGAUCACGCCCAGGAGGCAAUCUAUGACUGUCCAGAAGGGGGAGCACCGGCAACUCCUGAAGGACAGCUUCAUGGUGGAGCUGGUGGAGGGAUCUCGGAAGCUGCGUCACGUCUUUCUCUUCACAGAUCUGUUCCUCUGCGCCAAACUUAAGAAGCAGAUUGGAGGGAAGAGCCAGCAAUAUGACUGUAAGUGGUACAUCCCCCUCUCAGAUCUCAGCUUCCAGAUGGUGGAUGACUCGGAGAUGAUGCCAAACGUCUCUCUUGUGCCAGACGAGGAGCUGGAUGCCAUGAAGAUCAAGAUCUCCCAACUCAAGAGCGACAUCCAACGUGAAAAGAAAGCUAACAAGGGAAGCAAGAACUUGGAGAGGUUGAAGAAGAAGCUGUCUGAACAGGAAUCCCUGCUUCUCCUGAUGUCUCCUAACAUGGCCUUCCGAGUGCACAACCGCAAUGGCAAAAGCUACACCUUCCUCAUCUCCUCGGACUAUGAACGGGCCGAGUGGCGAGAGAUCGUCCGAGAGCAGCAGAAAAAAUGCUUCAAAAGCUUUUCGCUGACAUCGGUGGAACUCCAGAUGCUGACAAAUUCUUGCGUGAAGCUUCAGACGGUGCAUCACAUUCCCCUCACAAUUAACAAAGAAGAUGACGAACCCUCCGGCCUCUACGGAUUCCUGAACGUGAUCGUCCAUUCUGCCACUGGCUUCAAGCAGAGCUCCAGCUUGUACUGUACCCUGGAAGUUGAUUCCUUCGGGUACUUUGUGAACAAGGCCAAAACGAGAGUUUACAGAGACACCGCAGAGCCCAACUGGAACGAGGAGUUUGAGAUAGAACUGGAGGGCUCCCAGACGCUGCGGAUCCUGUGCUACGAGAAGUGCUACCACAAGAGCAAGCUCACCAAAGAAGACGGCGAGACCAUGGACCGCAUUAUGGGCAAAGGCCAAAUCCAGCUGGAUCCCCAAACCUUGCAAGACAAAGACUGGCAACGCACGGUCAUCUUCAUGAAUGGGGUCGAAGUGAAGCUUUCCGUGAAGUUCACAAGUAGAGAGUUCAGUCUAAAAAGGAUGCCAUCUCGAAAACAAACGGGAGUGUUUGGAGUAAAGAUUGGGGUUGUCACCAAGAGGGAGCGAUCCAAGGUGCCUUAUAUUGUGCGCCAGUGUGUUGAGGAGAUUGAACGUCGGGGCAUGGAAGAGGUGGGCAUUUACCGGGUCUCUGGAGUUGCCACAGAUAUCCAGGCUUUGAAAGCUGCUUUUGAUAUUAAUAACAAAGACGUCUCCAUCAUGAUGAGCGAGAUGGACGUGAACGCAAUUGCGGGAACACUCAAGCUCUACUUUAGGGAGCUGCCAGAGCCUCUCUUCACAGAUGAACUCUACCCCAACUUUGCCGAAGGCAUUGUGCUCUCUGACCCGGUUGCAAAAGAAAGCUGUAUGCUGAAUUUGCUGCUUUCGCUUCCGGAGCCCAACCUGGUCACCUUCCUUUUCCUCCUGGAUCAUUUGAAAAGAGUUGCUGAAAAGGAGAACAUCAACAAGAUGUCGCUUCACAACCUGGCCACUGUUUUUGGACCAACAUUACUUAGACCGUCAGAAAAAGACAGCAAAAUUCCUGCCAAUCCAAUGCAACCCAUGGCCAUGACUGACAGCUGGUCACUCGAAGUCAUGUCCCAGGUUCAGGUUCUCCUCUAUUUCCUGCAACUGGAGACGAUUCCCACCCCAGACAGCAAGAGGCAGAGUAUCCUCUUCUCCACUGAGGUGUAGAAACCAAAAGCUCCAUCUCUCCCUCCAUCCCUCUGACCUUCCAGCCUUUCCUUAUCCUUCAGGAGGAGAGAAAGCCCUUCCUCCCUCCCUCCCUCCCUCUGUUGACCAAGAAGCCACCGGAGGAAGGUUAUUGUCUUCAGGGGAAGAUUCUUUUCACCAGAUCAGGAAAAGAACCGGGCAGAGCAACAGGGAAGGAAUUCCUGGAGAAGUUUUGCAGUGGAAUUCAUGGGAAGUGCUGGGAGUCUUUUCUUCUUGGGCGCCUUUGAAGACCAGAAGGAUUUUCCUUCCACUGUGGUGGAUUCGAAUGGAGUGCCACAAGGAUGUUCACCCGUCAUGGCCACUACUUGCAAAUUUAGACCUCGAUUUAAACGUUUCUUUUUAAUAAGUAAAUAAAUUAGGAGCUUCAUGCACAAUCAGGACAUUUAAAAAAGAAAAAGAGAUAUUUUCCUUGCCUUUUAUCUUUUGACUCUCUUUUGGUGGGAAGUUUUACCGAAGAUGCAUCACCUAAUCACUUAGAAGAGAAUGAAGGCCAGAGGCUGGAGGAAGAGGAGGAGGAGGUGGUGAUAGCCAGCUCUUAAGGCCUCCUCCUUUUGGCACAGAGGAUGGGGGGUGUUUAGAGAAGUUGCUGAGGUCUUCAGGCCUUGUAAAGACAAGAGAAGAUAAUCUUCAAAAUCGCCCCUUUCAUCAACAAAGGCCUCGGUCCCAGUUUUAACCUGACUUGCAGCAGCGUAAGGACUUCAGCUGAUGGUGGGUUUUUCUGCAGUUGGGCCAAAGCCAGCCUCUCCCCUCCCAGCAGCUAAACAGUCCCUAGAUCCGCUGGCGGGAAUUGGGAGGGCAGGAUUGGGCCUCUCUGCUCUUUCUUGGUUGGGACUUUGGAAAGACUUUGCUUAUGGAAAAUAUUUUUUUCACUGCCACCCUGUUUUUGCUGGGAAAGAGAAAUGUUUUGAUAAGAUGUUUUAAUAACUUGUACAAUGGUGAUUGAGGGAGCAUUUUAUAUUUUUCAGAAAUUCCAACAGUUUGUUUUAGGAUUGAACAGGCAUCAUUCAUGAAUUGUAAUGCUGGAAAAGAAUCAACCCUGGCAGUCAGAAAUAGGGAGUGAGCCCAGAAUCCUUGCACAGGGAGGGAGCUCUCUUUGUGUUUCAUAGGGACAGAAAUCGUGUCCUUAUCGGUCCCAUACAAUCAUACAGCAUAAAUUUGUCUUGUUAAUUCAAAGCCACUUUUAUCGAGAUGUGACUUGGAAGGCUAAUUCUUUGGCAAAUGGGUGAGAGACCAGGAAGCUAAACUGAAAUUCUGGUUUUGUUCAGAAAGGUUAUGAAUAGGGCGUGAGGAGCUCGCCCCCCAGUUUCCCAUACUUUGGGCAACUAAUGGAAUUCUGCUUGUUAAAGGAGGCUAAAAAUCACUACAGAAGCCUGAGGCUCUGCCGUAGCUGCUCUGAUCCUCGAGUUGCACAAUUCAGCUAUUUUAACAUUAGGAAAGAACCCAUCACAGGAGUGGCUGGAUUGUGGUAUCUGACUAUCUCAGCGUCUCUCAUACUGGGAAAUGUUUAAAUAGGAAUCCCAUAUUGCUUCCCCACCUCCCACCCCCAAGAAGUCUAGAAGUUUGAACUCUGUUCUGCUGUCCUAGUUUGGACGGUGAUGUACCUCAGGUUUGAAGAUGAGAUACAUAACCCUUUUGUUGACGUGCCCAUAUAUUUGUUCCUCAGUCCUCCUUUUGCCAAAACUCCCAACUUUUUACCACAGAAAGGGGCUUUCAGACAAGCUGAUGGGAGGAUGAAGCUGUCUGUGAAUCCAGGGACAAAAAGCAGCACCUGCCUUUGUGUCAGCUGAAGGAGGUGUUUCAUCCACCAAAGGUUCCUUCUGAAGUGCGACUCAGUGAAGUAAGGGUUCUAAAUAGGGGAAUCGUUUAAGUAAGAUUUUUUUGAGGCAACAAAUAUUCAAUAACCCUAUAAUGGAAGUCUAGACCAGGGGUCUCCAACCUUGGUCCCUUUAAGACUUGUGGACUUCAACUCCCAGAUUUCCUCAGCCAGCUUUGCUGGCUGAGGGACUCUGGGAGUUGAAGUCCACAAGUCUUAAAGGGACCAAGGUUGGAGACCCCUGGUCUAGACUGAAGCUUUCUCAUUCCAUCAGCCAAUCAUACGUUUAUUCUUCUAAGGUAACUGUUGUAGGUUACUCCAUUAUGAAGAGAUGGGGGCAAAGGUACCCGGGUUGUGAGGACAGAAAGUAUUUAGAUACCAGGUUUGUUCAUCCGAAAUGAACCACCCCCCAGUUGUCAUCUUGCAGAGAAAUGAUUCAAGGCCACAUGUUGGUCAAGGAGUCUCCCACGCCUUGCCUGCAGUAUCCUCCUUUUCUGCUCAGCCUUGCUGAAGGUUAGGCAUCAAAAUAUUCACCCACAGAAUAAGGGGGAGUGUUCCCCAAAUUCCGUAGAGUGCCAUCAAAGUAUUUGGACUACAAUGGAAGGAAUUUAUACCUUUACCUCUGUUCUGAAUCCUCAGACAAGUAUUGUAGGCUCUCCAGCUCCUCCUUUUAGGUCCAGUAGUAUCCUAUUAACAGCUGACCCAAUGGGGCUGUAGAGAUUGGGAGUGUUAAUAAAGCUCAUUUGAGUCACUAAAAGUCAUAACAGGUUUAAGGAAGGCCACAGUGUUGUUUUGUGAACUUGAGGCAUGUUUUGAAAAUUAAAGUUUUAAGGGCUUUUAUUUAUUUUAUUGAUUCCUCUAAAGCAGCACAAUUACUGAAUGGCUGCAGUUUCCUCCUUGCAUUGUUACUCCAUAAUAUCCAGAGCUGCAGGAAUUGGCAAAGCCAUCCCACCAAGAGAAAUGGGCCAGUCUCUUCUGCUUGACUGCCCUUUCUGGCAUCUUUGAUUUAUAUCUAGUUGUUCUGUCCGUAUUGAGUUGAUAAACCUAGCUAAAAGGGAAACCAUGUGUGUUGGAGCUCUGCAAGAGGAUUGCUUUGAUAUCCAGGCAAAUUUUACAUGCAGGCAUGUAGGUAUGGAAGAGAUUGUAUAAUUUAAACAUUAAUUUCAGUUUUAAUUAUAAACCUAUGCUUUUCUGAAAAGUGAUAAUUUUGUGCUUCAGAAACGAAUGCCUCAAAUGGAAGUGAGCCCAGGGGCUCAUUUUCUUUCCAAGAAGUAGCAACAUCAAAUCCCUCAAGUUCUUCCAAUCCCUUCUAUUUUUCUAGGUCCUCAGUUUUGUGAAGUGGCUCCAAGAAUCGUUUUCCUUGACUCUGCUUGACUUUAAAACAGCCAGUGGCUGCAUUUGUACGAAACACUGAAUUGCAAAAUAGCUGAAAAUGUUUUAAUAUUACAUGAAUGAACAAUGCACAACCUCUGGCUGUUGCUGAAUGACUUCUUGCUGGAGAUACAGACCCAAUACCUGGAAGAUGUUGCAGGUGAUGCAAUUUUGUGCCAAUCCAGCCUAUGGGAUUAGUUUGUGGUUCAGUGUGUUAUGUAAACCUAGGAAACUGGUUUGAAUAAACCGUGAUUAAAUUAA